CGACUGCAACUGGGAUAUAUCUGUGUGCASUGAGUWCGUAGGAACAAGCCGUGUACAAGUCCGUCGGUUUUUGGAAUUUGGUACUCCGGAGAGGGAUCGGCAGAGAGAAGCYAAGGGAACUGAAUAAAGAAAGAGCACCACACUAAAAGGAACUGAAACACACAGUCGAAAAUGUCUUCGAAUAAAGACGAUGGUGGAUGGAAGAAGUUUAUAUGGGAUUCGGACAAGGGGGAAUUUUGUGGACGCACAGGGGGGAGUUGGUUUAAAAUUCUYGGGUUCUACUUAAUCUUCUAUGCUUUUCUGGCUGGAGUAUUCAUCGGCACCAUCCAGGCCUUGCUUCUCACCCUCAGUAACUACAAACCCACCUGGCAAGACAGAGUUGCUCCCCCAGGCCUAUCACACACCCCACGCUCCGACAAAUCCGAGAUCGCCUUCAACUUGAAUGAUGUGGAGACCUACUUGGCUUACACUAAGGCCAUGCGAGAGUUCCUGGUUAUGUACGACGACGACAAACAGCGGGACCAGAUGAAAUACGAGGAUUGUGGAGGUACAGGAAGUGUUCCAUUCCGCUCUCUAUAUUUCAUUUUAACAUAA